GGUAUCUCCGAUGUUUAAUUAGAAUUUGAUCCAGAUCAGCAUCAAACAACCAAUCUUCAAAAUGUACAAAUUGUUCUUCUUCGCUGCCAUCUUGGCCUUCGCCUACGCCGCUCCUCAGCCACAACCGGCUCCAGCUGCUGCUCCUGCUCCGGCUCCGGCUCCGGCACCCCAAUACCUGACCUCUUACUAUGGAGUACCUUCAGUGGGAGUACCUCUAACCUACAGCGUUCCCAACUACGUGGUCGCCGGUUACCCGAGCGUGGCCGGUUACUACGUUUAAAAUGCUGCGAUCAGGAAAAAUCGGCGUGUACUUUAGAGUAGGAAUCGAGUUAAGAAAACGUUUAGUUUGUAUAGAAACAAUGUAGAAAACACAAAAAAAAUACAGUUAUUUUUAGUUGACAGUUGG